GCCGCGCCGCGCGGAGGGGGCCGAUCGGCCCUACCGCACCGCCGCAGCCGCGGGUCCCGGCCCAGGCGUCGAGCGCACGGACAGGCCUCGGGCCGUGGCCGGGCGGUCUCGGCCGGGGCGCCCCCGCGGCGGCGGUAGGGCAGGCGGAAGCCGCUUUCCGAGGAGUGCGGCCUCUCCGGCCGCCUCCGCCGCGGACCCACGCCCGCCAGGGAUGGGGGGAAACUCAGCUGGGGGCGGAGGGCACCAGUCUGGGCUGCCCGAGACACCCCCGCCGUCUCUGGGCGGGCGGUGGGCGGCUAGUCCGUGGGUGCCCUCAUCCUUGUCCCCAGCGGCGAGCUGCGCCGUUGCCUCCGAGGGCUGAGCGGAGCCCGGGUGCGGGCCCGCCGCAGGUGAGGCGGCGGCGGCGGCCCCGAGGAGCAGGAGGGGCGCCGGGCUGACAUGGAAGCCGGGCGCUGUGACCUUGAGUGACAGGGAGGGGCGGCGGCACCCGGCCACAGUGGAGGGCCAUGUUUUGUCACUCCCGUAGGCCCCAAAAUAUCCCCGUGGAUAGCUGGCAGAGCAGGACAUCCGUCAUAAAUAACAUGUGGCUUGUGUCCCACCUAACUCAGCGGUAACGAAAGCCGGAGUCCGGCCAGUUAAGAAAAAAAAAAAAAAGCAAAAUACAGGAAGAAAGAGCAGGUGAUGUGGCUGCUGAAAUGAGGAGUUGGGCUCAGCACCGUGAUCAGCAUGGCAAAACCCUUGACAGGAAAAGGAAGCUGGUUUGGCAGAGCAGCACCAGUGGAGGGACGAAGGUCCCGACACAGUCACAUCGGCUAUGAGAAGCCACAUGAGGAUCUGGACUCCUCUGAGGAUCAGGUGGGUUCAGAAAACGAAAGCAUGACAAUUUUCCACAUGGUCAAAGAAAAGAGGAAAAAGAGAAUGUUAAUCCAUCUUCAGCUUUGAUGACGUCUUUUAAGUCGUUUCAGCUGGAGCUCGACACCAGGCAUGAUAAAUAUGAACGGCUUGUGAAGCUCAGUCGUGAUAUAACUAUCGAAAGCAAAAGAACAAUAUUUCUGCUCCACAGGUUUACCAGUGCUCCCAACGGGGAAGAAAUACUAAAUGAAUCUGAAGUCAAGCUAGAUGCUGUCCGACGGAAGAUUAAGCAGGUUGCACAAGAACUGAUUGGAGAAGACAUGUAUCAGUUCCACAGGGCUAUAUCUCCAGGACUUCAAGAAUAUGUUGAGGCAGUCUCAUUUCAGUAUUUUAUCAAAACACGAUCUUUGAUUAGUGUUGAAGAGAUCAACAAACAACUAAUAUUUACAGUGGAAAACAGAGAAGAAACAACAAACAUGACCUCCAAUUCCCAUGAUAAGCAACCCCACACUUGGAGCCUGAAGGUAACACCAGUGGAUUACCUGCUGGGAGUGGCUGAUCUAACUGGAGAGCUGAUGCGGCUGUGCAUCAGCAGUGUUGGAAAUGGUGACAUAGACACGCCUUUUGAACUGAGCCAGUUCUUACGUCAGAUUUAUGAUGGUUUUACUUUCAUUGGCAACACUGGACCGUACGAAGUAUCUAAGAAGCUGUAUACCUUGAAACAGAGUCUGGCAAAAGUAGAGAAUGCCUGCUAUACAUUAAAAGUACGGGGAUCUGAAAUCCCAAAGCACAUGCUGGCUGAUGUGUUCUCCACCAAAACGGAAUUGAUUGACCAAGAGGAGGGUCUUUCUUAAAAUAAAAAGACUGUCACAACUGAGAAGGGAAGAGGACUUAGAGAAAACUUCUUAGUUUUGGUUUGUGGGGUUUUGAUCCUUCUGAAAGCUUUUUAGGUAGAGACAUUUUUAGUUUUAUCUAUGAGAAGAUUGUUUGCAGUGGUAAUUUGUAACCAAAAAUACUUUUUAUGAUGUGCAAGAGAACAAAUGUUUGACUUUGUCCUCUCAGUAUGGAAUUUCCUGUAUUGCUCCAUUGUAUCUUCUUUCAGAAUGACCAAAAUUUCCACUGCACCCUACACCAGUGACUGUCAGUUGUGUGAGUCACCUCAAACUGUUGUGGAUGCUGUUAUCAGUUUUCAGCAAGCACAGCAGUGGAAAAAAACGGUUAGGUACUGUUAUUUAGCAUUAUCCAUAGGUUUCUGCUGACCCCUGUUUUCUGAGUAUUUGGGUUCUAUACUCAUGCCAUACCUAAAAUGAUGCACCUAUGUAUAUAUAAGUUCAUCCCUUGACCUGAAAGUGAGGUGGACUCAAAGGUGCCAUGCAACUUAAGUUUUUUCUGAUUACCACUUUUGAGCAUGAAACUGAAGCUAAAUUAACUUUUUACCAAUUGAUAAUGAAGCUAAUUACACCAGAUAAAUACUGCUGUGUGCUCAUUCUUUUGGGGUCCGUUUAAAUUGAGCUCUGUUCAAAUUAACACUGGUACUUCACAGUUUUGACAUGAGCUAGAAAAUCCACAAAAAACAAACUGUGGAAUGUAUUGGGUUACAUUUUUUGUAAUACACUUUAAUGCAGAAUCUGACAUCUUUCUGUUUGUAGACAAAAGCAGAAGACCUAUCAACUAUGUUUAACAUGAAUAAUUUGGUGUUAGGACAAGUAGUUUUUGGCCAAAACAAACGCGGGGUGGUGUUGGAAGUCUGUUCUCUAUUGUUUGUGCUGCCCUGAGGACCUCCAGUGGGGUUGAACUGGUACAAGUGAAAAAGGGCUGGCCAAGCUUUAAAUAUCUGUUAGCAGGAACUAUAUCAUGUGCAUGUUCCUAUGGAAAGGAAAUUGCAAACAGAAAUAAGGCAGACAUUCUGACUUCCACAUUUAUCUUUGAGGUGGGUAUGUCACCAUUGGCAAAAAAUCAGGGCUUUCUGCCGGUGUCUGAAGUUAUGAAAGUCUGAUAAUGUACAUUAUGCUAAAGGAAAACAGAUAAAACAACAUGAUCUUUAGACUCCAGGAAAUAGGCCUCCCAACUGCAAUUGAAAAUACUGCAUGUUUUUUAUUUCCACUUCCAUAUGCUGUGAUACUGCCAAUAUUUUUCCCAUGAGCAUGUCCUGAGAAGCUGGUAUUAUCUGAUAUAUGGAUAGGAAUGGGUAAAUACAUUUUUGUCACAUUUUUCCAUUGUUUCCAUAUAAAGCAAUAUGUGGUGGGUUGAAAAAGGAGUGGCUUUUUUCCUAUUGUUUAAUACUAUUUUUUACAAUAAAUUCUGAAAAGCA